GGGCGCGCGCGGUGGGGCGGGCGGUGAAGGAAGGAGGAAGCGCGGGACGAGCGCAGGGGCCCAGGAGCCGGCGUUGCAGCCUGACCCGGUCAUGUCGGCUCAUCAACAGGGCACCGAGCUCGACCUGAGCUGGAUCUCCAAAGUCCAAGUGAACCAGCCGGCGGUGCUCAGGCGCGCCCAGCAGAUCCAAACGCUCAGGAGUUUGAAGAAGGAGUGGCAGGCUGCUUGGCUUCUGAAAGCUGUGUCCUGCAUUGACCUCACCACCCUUGGCGGAGAUGACGCUGCUUCCAACGUUCAGAGGCUCUGCUAUAAAGCCAAGUAUCCAAUUCGAGAAGACCUCUUAAAAGCUUUAGAUAUGCAAGGCCUCACGACAGCUGCCGUGUGUGUGUACCCGGCCCGCGUGUGCGAGGCUGUGAAGGCGCUGAAGGCCGCGGGCUGUGCCAUCCCCGUGGCAUCAGUGGCCACUGGCUUUCCAGCUGGACAGACGCACUUGAAAACACGCUUAGAAGAGAUCCGAUUGGCCGUGGAAGAUGGAGCCACUGAAAUCGAUGUGGUGAUCAACAGGACCUUGGUGCUGACAGGCCAGUGGGAAGCCCUGUAUGAUGAGAUUCGUCAGUUUCGCAAGGCCUGCGGGGAGGCUCAUCUCAAAACCAUCUUAGCAACAGGAGAACUUGGAUGUCUUACUAAUGUCUAUAAAGCCAGUAUGAUAGCAAUGAUGGCAGGAUCAGAUUUUAUUAAGACUUCAACUGGAAAAGAAACAGUCAAUGCCACCUUCCCGGUCGCUAUAGUGAUGCUCCGGGCCAUUAGAGAUUUCUUCUGGAAAACUGGAAACAAGGUGGGCUUCAAGCCCGCGGGCGGCAUCCGCACGGCCCGGGAGGCGCUGAUGUGGCUGUGUGUGGUCCGGGAGGAGCUGGGCCCCGAGUGGCUGCGGCCUGAGCUGUUCCGAAUCGGCGCCAGCUCUCUGCUCACCGACAUCGAGAGGCAGAUUUACCACCACGUGACCGGGCGAUACGCAGCUUAUCACGACCUGCCCAUGUCCUGAGGCGAUGGCCCUUUCCCGAGUUCUCUGUGACAGUGUUUGAAAGCGGUCCUUGUCCAUCGUGGCUGAGUUUUCUUGUCUCAUAGCGGAGCAGGUCACCGAUCUUUUCCCCUGAAAGUGCCCAUUGCAUUUAAUUCAUAGAAUAAAGUAACAAAAAGCUCAA